CUUUACAGGCCAGUGCAGUUUCUGCUUUAGAGACGUAUUCACAGAAUCACUCAUUUACUGUGAGUGUGGAACUGAAAUGUGCAUAAAACAUUCGCAUAAUCAUAAUGAACCAGCGCACACAAGAAUACAGCUUACUAUCACAGGUGUAAUGCCAGAUAUUGACGUACAGGUAGAGACACCUGAUGAGAAUAUAGAUAAAUCAUCAAUUGAAUCACAGGUAAGACAGUUUUUAUUCACACCCUCAGUGGAAGGAAUAAGAAUUAAAAAGUGUACACAUUUAAGCCCAGAAGGAGAUAUAAAUAUAGAAACGGAUAAGUGCACUGAGUGUGAUAUAAAUAGUAAUUCUUGGGUAUGCAUAAAGUGCAAUAAAGUACUGUGUGGAAGACAGCAGUACGGAAUAGAAGGGAAUGGGCAUGCCAUGAAUCAUUAUACAGCGGAUAAUGAACAUUCUGUAUAUUUAAAAGUGCAGAGCAUAGAUAGCACUAGAAAGAUUGCGGAUGUAUACUGUUAUAAAUGUGAUGACAUGAUUAGUCAUGAUAUAUACGGCCGUAUAAGAAAUAAUAUAAAAAAUGAAAAUAGAAAAAAUAAAAAAAGUAGAAGAAAUAAAAAGUAGUAAAGUAACUGAAAAUGCGGAUAUUUCUGAGAGUGAUUCAUCUGUGGUUUUAAACACAAUGGAAAUAUCUAAGAGGCUUAACAGUAAAGAAGAAGAUAUUUAUCAGAGGUUAGAAACUGAGGGUGAGAAGCAGAUUAUUCCGUAUUUUAAAGUAUGCGCAGAUGAGGGGAUAAUUGAUUUGGGGAAUACUUGUUAUAUCUCAUCGGUACUUCAAGCAAUUACAUACUGUAUUUCAGCUACUGAGUGCAGUGAGAGAGUAAAUCCUGUAUAUCCAACAGAGUGUGAGCGGCCUAAAGAAUGUUUUGGGUGUCAGUUUAAGAAAGUGUUUAAGAGGAUUGAGUGGUCGCAUAAGAAGAAGUCUGGUAAUUUUUCUGUUAAUCAGUUCUGUAAAGUAAUUUCCAGUAUUUAUCCUGUUUAUGUUGUAGGUACACAGCAGGAUGCAUCUGAGUAUUUUUUGGCCUUACUCACACUUAUAGAGAGUUAUAGUGAAAUGGGCCACUUUACAGGACUAUUUGACUGUUUUAAGAUUCAGCAGGAGAUUCACACAGUGUGCCGUGAAUGUGAUUCUAUUACAAAACAAAAAGAAACUGCAUCUAUUCUUUAUAUAGGAUUCAACCAAACAGUGAAUGAUUUAUUUGCUGAAGAAGAAGUACAGGCUAAAUGUGAGUGUGGGAGGAAGAAAAAACAAAGAACGUAUCUUACACAUGCACCAAGUAUAUUUACAGUGUGUGUAGGGAAGGGUUUAAAUAUAGAUGAGAAUAAAGAGAAUCCAACAGAAUUUACAGUAAAGGACGUGGCCGGGAAAGAGGUAAAGUAUGUACUUGAGGCAGCAAUUAUAUACAGAGGAACAGCACAAGCCGGUCAUUAUAUUGUACAGGUGCCUCUUAAAGAGAGUUAUGACUUAGGAAAACUUCUAUUCAGUGAGUAUGAAAAGGAGCAUGUACACUCACAAAAACCACAAGAAAUAAGCGAGCACCCAAAAAAGUCUGUGCAUAAUGAGAAAGUACAUAAAAAGCAUAAACCAUCCACGGGGAUAACAGAAAAAGCAGCAUAUUUAGUUCAUGACAAUGAUAAAAUGGGAAUUCAGAAGUUGCUUCUACCCGAUGCAACCAUGCUUUUCUAUAAAUUGUCUAAUGAAUAAACGGUAUCAGUGUG